CAACAGCAAGGUUGUAGACGGAAGGGGUGGCGAAGCGGGGCAGGGGCACUAAGCGAAUGCAAAAUGAAUUAAACGGAGAACGAGACGAAAACAAACGGAAACAAGUGUCAUAAUCCUAUCCAAAGCAGUCGGAGAUAAUGUCGAGCGAUGAACUGUAUCGCGUAAAGUACUCUAGUUCGCGCUAUCAGCGCCAGCACACGCCCUUGAACGCCAGCUCCUUGCACUGGCAGCGCCAGCAAUACGGUCAUGAGCUGGACGAGAUGCUCCGGCGACGUCUGCUGGCAUCGCCGGCCUACGUGGACAGGUUGGAGCAGGAGGCAGUGCUCGUCGGUCAUGAGGGAUGCGUCAACUGCCUGGAGUGGACCACUGAUGGUAUGUGGCUGGCCUCCGGAUCCGACGACUAUCGUGUGAUGAUCUGGGAUCCGUUCCGAAAGAAGCUUGUUCAUGUCAUCAGGACCAAGCAUCUGGGCAACGUGUUCUCUGUGAAAUUUCUGCCCAAGACCAACAACAGCAUUGUGGCUACGUGUGCAGCGGAUAAGUUCAUCUACGUCUACGACAUCAACGACCCGAACGAGACCCUUUUUUCUUGUAUAUGCCAUUAUUCGCGGGCGAAGCGCUUGGCCACCGCCCAGGACUCGCCGCACGUCUUCUGGUCGGCGGGAGAGGACGGCUGCAUACUGCAGCUGGAUAUACGGGAGCCACAUCGCUGCCGUCCCGAGGAAGGUAUUGGUGUCAGGCUCUUGAACCUGCACGAUCAGGUGGAGAACACAGAGGCCAAAUGUCUGGCCAUAAAUCCCAGAAGGACGGAAUACCUGGCCGUGGGCACCAACGAUCCCUUUGCCCGGGUGUACGAUCGCCGCAAGCUGCCCUCCACCGACGGCAAUGGUCUCUCUGCCUGCGUGGCGUACUAUGCUCCCGGACAGAUCGUGAAAAACGUCAGUCGGAACAUUGUCCACGAGCCACGGGGAAUCACUUAUCUUACGUUCAAUGGCAAUGGCACAGAGCUUCUGGUCAACAUCGGUUGCGAGCACGUCUACCGCUUCGAUCUGAAUCACGGUGAGCCUCCGGUUUUCUACGAUCUGCCCGCCUUCACAUCAACACUCGUUCAUGAGGAGGAGCCGGUGAAGAUGCCACACAGAAGAAGUCGUUCGCUGCCAACCGAAAUAGAGGUGCAUAAGAAGGAGGGCAAUAACUUUCUUGAGAAUGGCAAACUUGUGGAUGCAAUUGAUGCGUACUCAGCGGCUUUGGCGAAAUAUCCACAAGGAGAGGUCCUCUAUCUGAACAGAGCGACGGCUCUAAUACGACGCGGCUGGUUUGGUGACAUAUAUGCGGCACUUAGGGAUUGUCAUGAGGCCCUGCGUCUGGAUCCCAGUUAUGUGAAGGCCCACUUUCGGCUGGCCAGGGCAUUGCUUGAGCUGCAUCGACCCCAGGAUGCGGAUCAGUGCUUGCAGGCACUCAUUCAGCGUUUCCCCAACUUCGCAAACAAUCACGGCGUGCUCAUGCUGAACAAGGACAUCAAGGAGAAUCGACGACAGACACAGAGUCCCGAUGCACCCGAGCCACAGCCAGUGGAAAUGGAUGAUGGCUUACACUACAUGCGUCUGAAGGACGCCGAAUAUGAUCUCCGUUCCACGGCGCGCGACUAUAUGCAACGCUAUGUGGGCCACUGCAACAUCACGACGGACAUAAAGGAGGCCAACUAUUUGGGCAGCCAGGGCGAGUUCAUAGCCGCUGGUUCGGAUGACGGCAACAUGUACAUUUGGGAGGGAGACACGGGCAAGAUACGCGCCGUUUAUCGGGCGGACAGUGCCAUCGUGAACUGCGUGCAACCGCAUCCGAGCAUUUGCAUGCUGGCCACCAGUGGCAUUGACCAUAGCAUUAAGAUCUGGUCGCCGUGCGCCGCCAGCGCCGAGGAGCGACCGAAUCUCGUGGCGGAUGUGACGCGCUUCGUUGAGGACAACCAGGAGAAGAUGCGCCUCGAUCCAUUCGAACUGCACACGCGCAAUGCGUACUGUUUCAAUAAUUAGGAACUGUGGCUUAUUGUGCAUAUUGAUCUAUAUUGGCUGCAUGCAUGUACAGCAGCAGGCGAGAUCCAAUCGGCAAUAUAUCAAAUAUUAGUGUAAUUUAAGCUAAGCAAACAUAUUUUUGUUAAUUUGUAAACGAAUUACUGUAUACAAAGUACGAAGCUUGUGAAGGAUGUUAUGAAAGACUACUAAAAUAAAUGCAGAGACAUGCAAAUCGACCUGUUUUCGAAUCGUAAUUUAAUGAAAAGCUCAGGAUGGUUUGCAUUUGUUUUUUUUUUUUUUUGUUUUUUGUAUUAAUUAUUCUGUUUAUUUACCGUAGUUUCUUUAAAUCUAUGCUCACAUGUAUACAUAUACAUACAUAUAAA